UUAAAUCAAUUUUUCACUUGUGCCCGAGAUAAACAUCCAACCCUAGAAAUUCUAUUUUCCCCUCAACACUACAACUAACUGCCAGCCAUUCCUGCAAAACCAAACAAAAUCAUCUGAGAAAAACAUAAUCAGGAAAUUUCCGGAGACAUUGGUAAAUAAUGGCGGCGUUGUUGAGACAAGCGAGGCCUGUUCUGACGAGACUGUCAUGGAACUCCGCGAGGGGUUUUGCAGCCUCGGCAGGAACAGACAUUGUCAAUGCAGCGCCUGAUGUGAAAUUACAAAAGGCAAGAUCAUGGGAUGAGGGGGUUUCCUCUCAAUUUUCCACAACCCCACUCUCCGAACUCUUUAGGGGUAAGAAAGUGGUGAUAUUCGGACUUCCAGGUGCAUUCACUGGUGUUUGCUCAGCUCAGCAUGUGCCGAGCUAUUUGAAGAAUGCAGAGAAAUUUAAGGGAAAAGGAGUGGAUUCUAUUGUCUGUGUUUCUGUGAAUGAUCCAUAUGUCAUGAAUGGAUGGGCAGAGAAGUUGCAGGCUAAGGAAGCUAUUGAGUUCUAUGGAGAUUUUGAUGGGCAGUUUCACAAGAGUUUGGAGCUAAAUCUUGACCUAUCUGCUGCUUUGCUUGGACCUCGCUCUCAAAGGUGGUCUGCAUUUGUGGAUGAUGGGAAGAUCAAAGUUUUGAAUGUGGAGAAAGUUCCAUCUGAUUUUAAGGUUUCUGGUGGGGAGGUUAUUCUAGAACAAAUUUGAGUUGUUAACAAGAAGGUAUUAAUAGAUUUGAGUAAAGCAUUUUCAUGACUUUGAUUGGUCUUUAGCCUCUCAGAGUUUUAGUCCAUCACAAUAAUGAAACUUAGUGGUAACAUGAACUAUUAACGUCCAGCUCAGUAUUUUUUUGAUUAAAAUCUGAGAAUUUAAGUCCACUACAAAGAAUUAGGCUUUAGUGGUAACACAAAAACUAUAUAACCUCCAGCUCAGUAUUAUUUUAAUGAAAAUUUAGUAUUUAAUAUCCAAAAAUACAAUGAGCAGUUCUCUA